AUGGAGAAAUUCCAUAUUGAACCAGAGGAAGUUACGACAUUGUUCAGCGGCAGUUAUGAUAAGACAGUGCGAGUCUGGAACCUUGAGACCAAGACGGAAAAAGCUUGUCUCACAGGACAUAUCGACAGAGUAUACAGCGUGGCAGUGAGCCAAGACGGCAAGACAGCAGUCAGCGGGAGCGGCGAUCAUACAGUGCGAGUCUGGAACCUUGAGACCAAGACGGAAAAAGCUUGUCUCACCGGACAUAGCGAGAGAGUGUACAGCGUGGGCAUAAGCGAUGACGGCAAGACAGCAGUCAGCGGCAGUUAUGAUAAGACAGUGCGAGUCUGGAACCUUGAGACCAAGACGGAAAAAGCUUGUCUCACUGCACACAGUGAUUGGAUAUACAGUGUGGCAGUGAGCCAAGACGGCAAGACAGCAGUCAGCGGGAGCGGCGAUCGUACGGUAACAGUCUGGAAUAUUGAGAGGGGUACCGAGAGGGCUUGUCUCACCGGACAUAGCAGUACGGUAUACAGUGUGGCACUGAGCCCAGACGGCAAGACAGCAGUCAGCGGCAGCGGUGAUCGUACAGUGAGAGUCUGGAACGUGAACGCGAAGAGAGAGAGGGCUUGUCUCACCGGACAUAGCAGUACGGUAUACAGUGUGGCACUGAGCCAAGACGGCAAGACAGCAGUCAGCGGCAGCGGCGAUCAUACAGUGAGAGUCUGGAACCUUGAGACAAAGAAGGAAAAAGCUUGUCUCACAGGCCAUAGCAGUACGGUACACAGCGUUGCACUGAGCCAAGACGGCAAGACAGCAGUCAGCGGCAGCGGCGAUCAUACAGUGAGAGUCUGGGACGUG